AAUAUAAUAAUAAUCAUCAUACUAGAAUUGCUCCGAUGGAGUGCAAUCAAGUCUCUUAAAAAAUCAAUCCAUUAUGCAGUAACCAUAUAGAUCUCAUUGCGAUGCGACCGGCCUGGAUGAAGAGGCUCUGUUCGCGCCUCAAGAACAAACAGAAGAACUACUUCAAUUCGGAUUCGGAAUACUCUGAGUUCGAGCACUCUCUGCCGAUUUGGUUUUCGAUCAUAUUUCUCAUAAUCUACGCCGGUAUUUUCACAUUUGUUUACUAUUACGAUCAAGUUUUGCCGAAGGCCGACACGGAUGAAUACGUCUUUAAAAGUUUCAAUGCAGGCGUACAUUUAAAGCAUCUGGUGGAUCUGGGUCCAAGGGUUGUCGGCAGUGACGCCAACGAGAUUAAAGCUGUAAAAUAUUUGAAUGAUCAAAUCGAGAAAAUCGUCAACGGGAAGAAUCCCUUGCAGAAAAUUGAGCAUAAGGUGGAGGUGGUCAGCGGAUCGUACUUCUUGGAUUACAAACCGUACGGUGCGAUUAACGUGUAUUCCAACGUUAAAAACGUCGUUGCAAGAAUUAAAUCGAAGCACGAGAAUAGUCCGAGUGUCUUGAUCAAUGCGCAUUUUGACUCGGUGCCGGAGAGCCCAGGUGGUAGCGACGAUGGGAUAAUGUGCAGCGUUAUGCUGGAGAUUCUUCGGAUUAUGUCGAAUUUCGAUGAGAGACCGGAGAACAAUAUCGUGUUCUUGUUCAAUGGCGCCGAGGAAACUGCUCUGCAGGCCUCACAUGGCUUCAUCACAAACGACGAAUGGGCCAAAGAUAUUAGGGUCGUUAUUAACUUGGAAGCUACAGGUGCGGAAGGGCGAGAAAUGCUCUUUCAAACUGGUCCGAAGCAGCCAUGGCUCUUGAAGUACUACAGCCAAGUCCCUCAUCCGCAUGCCCAAGUCGCAGGAGAAGAGCUUUUCCAAAGCAACAUAAUCCCAUCGGACACUGAUUUCAGGAUAUUCAGGGAUUACGGCGAUUGCAUAGGUUUCGAUUUUGCUUACACGAGAAACGGAUACAGAUAUCACACGAAAUACGACGAUAACAACAUCAAUAUUGGCGUGAUUCAGCAUACUGGUAAUAAUAUACUCGAGCUCUUGAAGCAGCUCUCCAACGCCCCAGAAGUCGGCGCAGAAUUGGAUGAAAACAGUAGCUACACUGUUUACUACGAUUUUCUUGGAGUUCUCUUCAUCCGAUACGACAGAACGGUGGAACUUAUAUUUAAUAUUCUUUGCAUCGUCAUCUCUCUAUUAUCCUUUGCAAUUUCAGUAUUUUCAUUUAAAAUACAUAAAUCUUUGGCGAACUUCAAGUACGUCGGAAUCGCUCUUGGCGUGUUGCUUCUAUCUUACGUGAUUGCAGUUGCAUUUGUUAUAGUCAUUGGCGUUAUCAUAGAUUCUGUGGAUUACACUAUGAGAUGGUACAAUAACACUUGGCUCAUCUUAGGUUUAUAUUGCGGCCCUGUGGUGGGAAUCAUUAUAACAGGAUUAGUUCUUUUCGCGCGAUUUAACAAGAACAAUACUUUGACUUUAAGUAGGAAGACCCAGAUGACAUUGCAAUUAAAUAAUUUACUUUGGACAAUAAUACUGCUUGUUGGUACAUGCAUCGGUAUAAGAUCGGUGUAUGUAAUUGUAUACCACGUUCUGUUCUCAUCAAUUGGUUUCUUAAUAAUCCAAGUGUUUCGAUUGCAAUUUCAAAAUCACCUGUGGAAGUUGAUCUAUUUCAUUGCGAUGAUAAUACCGACGAUUUUUGUCCUGCAAAUUAGUUUGGAAAUCAUUUAUUUGUUUCUACCGAUUUGUGGUCGCAACGGUGGAGGUUCCAAUCCGGAGAUUAUGGUCUCUGCAAUCUGCUUCUUUCUCACGCUUCUUGCAACAUCAUAUUUCCUACCUUUGUUCAUGGGUGUAAGAAAGGGUUAUUUAAUAGCGAUCGCCUUUUUCGUAUGCUUCGUUGUCUUCUUUAUACUCGUAUUCACGACAGUUACGUUUCCGUACAGCGCAGAAAAUAGACGCCCCCAAAGAUAUCCAUUUUAUCAUACCAGCCGCACGAUAAGAAAUGAUGACGACAUCAUUAUCGAAGACAGUGGUUACACUUUUGCUAAAAACGACAGAAACUCGCCUCUGAUGAUUCAAGAGUACGUCAGCGAAAUUGAGGACUCACUAAGGGAAAUCGGCCAAGAUUGCGAAAGCGCCUUGUUCUGUGGUCUACCCACAACAAAUUCACGUUCGUUGAAGGAUUUGUCUAAAAAUUUCUGGAUGGAAGCUCCGCCUAUUGUAAAGAUAUUACCAAAGACGACGUUGAAAUUGGAAACUAAGAAACAGAUUUCGAGCACAAUUAUAGAAUACACAUUUUUAGUUGAAGGGCCUUCGAGGUUGAAUAUUUAUUUCGCGCCGAAGGAGGAUGUUAAAUUGCUGAAGAUUGGAUUUUUGAAGGAAGUGCCGAACAACGAGAUGACAUGGAACGGCAGACCGGCUUAUUAUAUAUCAUAUGCUAGUGGUGGACCAACAUUCUUCCAAUUCAGUCUUGUGUUCGAGACGCCCAAAGAUUGGGAUAAGAACGUGCUGGAUAUUGCGGUCGCAGGAAAAUAUAUUCACGACGUGCAGAUGAGCAACGAUUACGUUAAAUUCCUGAGCAAAUUUCCCGUUUGGACAUUCGUGAAUCCUUGGGUCGCCACUUACGAAUCUUGGGCAUAUUAAUUUUAAAACAAAGUUUUAUUUGCUAACUGCGUUAAAAACUGAACAUAUAUGAAUAUAUAUAUAUGUACAAAUAUAUUUUUUACUUA